GAAAGAUGACGAGGACGGAGACGGACCAUUUGAGAACCGAAGAGACGCACGCCUCUGUCCUCCGCAGCCGCCGAAGAGAAGAACCCAAGAAACCAAAAGGCACGGCGCUCCGGCCGGCGGCGGCGAGCCGGAGCCAGCAAUGGCAGCGACCUUGGCCCGCGCCGCCCUCCGAGCCCUUACCAGGCCGCGACACGCCGGCGCUGCAGGGGUUCCUCUUCAGUUGGACGCCACGGCGAUCGCCAAGCAGAAGACGCCCGGCUCCCUAAUUGGCCUCAGGUGCACCGGCACCGGCGCUGGCGGGGCGUUGCAAGCGGAUGAGGAGGCGGUGGUGCCGCGGUCAGCGCCGGUGCACAUCGCAUACGAGCUUCACAAGGCCGGCCACCGCUACCUCGACGUCAGAACCGAGUCCGAGUUCCGUGCGGGGCAUCCUGAAAGAGCUGUAAAUAUCCCCUACAUGUUCAGGACCGACUCAGGAACGACAAAGAACACACACUUUCUUGAGCAAGUGUCAAGGAUAUUUGGGAAGGAUGAUGAGAUCAUCGUUGGCUGUCAAAGUGGCAGGAGAUCUCUCAUGGCAGCAACUGAGCUCCACUCUGCUGGUUUCACUGAUGUAACAGAUAUCGCCGGUGGAUUCUCUUCAUGGAAAGAGAAAGGACUGCCUAUCAACCAGUGAUGUUAGCUCGCAAACAUUGCCUAGGAUCUGUUAAGGCUGCUCUGCUCGAGGAUUGCUCAGCAGUCUUCUCGUCUUUUUGAAUUAACAGUGCAGAAUAAAAUGGAGCCUGUAAAACAGAACAGUAGCAUUGGCGUGGUGCUGCUGGCGUGGCGUUCUUACUGGUAGUAUGUAGUUUUUUCUGUUGGCAUGUGGUCGUGGUGCGGAGUCGGUUUAGGUGCAGUUGUAUUUUAAACUCUUUUUCUUUCUAAUAAAAAUUCGGCAAAACUCUUGCCAUCCUUUCGAGAGAAAAAAA